AGGCGCCUAACAGGCACUUUCCCUCUCCGCUGUACCAGGCCCAUGUGGUUUGCAAAGAAGAAGCAGACCGUACACUUUAGCACUUUACAAAGUCUUCUCUGGAUUGUUUCUACGCCUGAAUGUUCGUGAGAAAGAGCGGAUUAAAAUGUUGUUAGAAGCGCAGGACGGGGAGCAAACGGAGGUGUUCGCAUCAGUAGCAGCUUCUGUGCAGGUGCAGGUAGAGCCAGUCGGUCGCUGGUUUGAAGCAUUCAUCAAACGCAGAAAUAGAAACGUUUCAGCAUCGUUUCAGGAGUUAGAGGAAGAGGAAGAGUCUUCUGAAGAAUCAGAUGAUGAAGAGUUUACGCUGCAGGAGUGCUCCAGCCUCAGAACACUAGACCCCAAAGAGUGGAAGAAUCAGGAUCACUAUGCUGUCUUGGGCCUCCCUCACCUCAGAUACAAUGCCACUCAGAAACAAAUCAAAGCUGCACAUAAGGCCAUAGUUCUGAAACAUCAUCCAGACAAAAGGAAAGCAGCAGGAGAACAGAUCGUAGAAGGAGACAAUGACUACUUCACCUGUAUCACUAAAGCUAUCGAGAUCCUGUCUGACCCUGUGAAGCGGAGAGCGUUUGACAGUGUGGACCCGACCUUUGACAACAUGGUGCCUUCAAAGAGUGAAGGAAAAGAGAACUUCUUUGAGGUUUUCGGACCUGUUUUUGAGAGAAACGCCCGAUGGUCUUCCAAAAAACACGUCCCCAAACUUGGAAUGCUGGAGUCCACGUUCGAAGAAGUGGAUAAUUUCUACUCUUUUUGGUAUAACUUUGACUCAUGGAGGGAGUUCUCAUAUUUGGACGAAGAGGAAAAGGAAAAGGCAGAAUGUCGAGACGAGAGGAGGUGGAUUGAGAAGCAGAACCGAGCUUCCAGAGCUCAGAGGAAGAAGGAGGAGAUGAACCGCAUUCGCACCUUAGUCGAUACUGCCUACAGCUGUGACCCUAGAAUAAAGAAAUUCAAAGAAGAAGAAAAGGCUCGAAAAGAGUCUGAGAAAAAAGCCAAAGCUGAUGCCAAGAAGAGAGAGCAGGAGGAGAGGGAGAAGGCUCGUCAGGCAGAGUUGCAGGCUGCUCGUUUGGCCAAAGAGAAGGAGGAGGAGGAGGCAAGACAGGCUGCGCUCCAGGCCAAAAAGGAGAAGGAUAUUCAGAAGAAGGCUAUCAAGAAGGAGAGGCAGAAGCUCCGCACAAGCUGCAAGAACUGGAAUUACUUUGCUGAUAACGAGGUGGACAGUGUUAAAAUGAUGGAGGAGGUAGAGAAACUCUGCGAUCGGCUCGAGCUAACCAGUUUACAGUCCCUGAAUGAAGUCCUGAUGUCUGGCUCCAAAGAGGAGAGCAAAGCAGCUGUGGAGAAGCAGGUGGAGGAGGUGAAUGUGGCUCUGCAAAGGGAGCGCGAGGCAGAGGUGCAAGCCCAGCAGGCGUCGCGGGUGUCAGAGCAGGCCUCAGGCGGAGGGGGCUCUGGGGCAAAGGGGUGGAGCCAGGAUGACCUACAGCUGCUCAUCAAGGCCGUCAACCUGUUUCCAGCUGGGACCAAUGCACGGUGGGAGGUGAUCGCCAACUACAUGAACAUUCAUUCGACCAGCGGCACCAAAAGGACUGCCAAAGAUGUUAUCAACAAGGCCAAGAACCUCCAGAAACUCGAUCCAAACCAGAAAGAUGAGAUUAACAAAAAAGCCUUUGAGAAGUUUAAGAAGGAGCACACCUGUGUCCCUCCCUCCAUCGACAACGCCACUCCCUCUGAGAGAUUUGAAACCACAGAGAAUAACCCGGUUCCUUGGACUACGGAGGAGCAGAAACUCCUGGAGCAGGCGCUAAAGACGUACCCAGUGAGCACCCCCGAGCGCUGGGAGAAGAUUGCUGCAGCGGUCCCCGGGCGCAGCAAGAAGGACUGUAUGAAGAGGUACAAGGAGCUGGUGGAGAUGGUUAAAGCCAAGAAAGCAGCUCAAGAACAGGUUUCGGGGAAGAGUAAAAAAUGACACGACGCAGUGGAAAUAGUAUGUUAUUUUAUCAUUAUUGUUAUUGUCUUUAUUUUAUAAGAAAACAUUAAAAGGAUAACAAA